UGUUUUAUAUUUCCCUCUCAUUUUCUCUCUUUGAGACCGCAGACUCAGAAAGUUACUGCCAUUGCCAUUGGAGACUCUCUCCGCGAACUUUCUUCCCAGCCCCCAGGGCUCUGCCUUUUGUCUUUACCAAACUUCUCCUUCAAAGAUUCCUUAAUUAGUCUUUUCUGAUCGUCCAUGAAACCAAACUCGCCUGUAAGGAAGGCCGCCAGAUAUUUACUGUACAAUCUCAUGCAAUAUAUAUAGUCUCUUUCGUUCUCUGUCUGUUUGGUUGAUGGGAAACGCUGGGGAAAGGAAAGAAAACUAAUCCCAGAGAGCAAGACCCUUUACUUCGGUUGAGCUUGGUUCCACAAUUUGGCCUUCCUAGAGAGAAUUGCAGGCCUGCAUUUUAGCACUUCAUAACAAUCAUCCCAAGUUUGGUUUUUCAUAUAGUGGCAUCUAAUUGGCUGAAGUUAUGGACACCAAAAGACCCAAGUUUGUAAGGUUUGAAGAGUGGAGGAGUCCAGAGAGCUCUACGAGUUCCAAGCAGCAAUAUUCCAUUGAUGGACGAUAUCCAAGAAACACAAGAUUAACAAUUGGCAGAAUUUUGGAGAGUUUUUGGAGAUGGUUUGAGAGGUCUUUCGAGAGAAUUAAGAGUUUGAAACAAAAAUCAUCAACCACCCAUUCUGUAGGUGAACGGCCAAGAAAAGAGUCAGGUCCUAGGAAGACAAUCUUGGAUCCACAGGAUCAGUUUCUUCAAACGUGGAACAAACUUUUUGUGCUCUCUUGUGUGGCAUCAGUGGCCCUAGACCCCUUUUUCUUUUACAUUCCAAGGAUGAGGGUGAAUAAAGAGGACAACUGCUUGGAUUUGGACGUGACAUUGGCAAUCUAUGUUAGUGUUUUUCGUUCAUUCAUAGAUGCCUUUUAUGCAAUUCAUAUAAUCUUUCAAUUCCGAACUGGGUUUAUUGCCCCUUCUUCUCGAGUGUUUGGAAGGGGUGAGUUGAAUGAUGAUCCUAAGGCUAUAGCUAAAAGAUACUUGUUCUCCUACUUCAUCAUUGACAUCCUAUCAAUUCUUCCACUGCCACAGGUGCUUGUAGUUAUGUUCUUUCCCUCAUGGAAAGCCACACUUCCAUCAGUCUUGAAGGAAAUGUUGAAGGGCAUAGUCUUGUCCCAGUAUGUGCCAAGGCUUCUGAGGAUCUAUCCACUAUAUGUAGAAGUAACAAGGACCUCUGGCAUACUAACAGAGAUAGCAUGGGUUGGAGCUGCUUAUAAUCUUAUUCUCUACAUGCUAGCCAGUCAUGUUGUUGGAGCAUUUUGGUACUUGUUUGCAAUAGAAAGAGAGGAGAAUUGCUGGCACAAAAUGUGUAAGCUGAAAGAGAAGCAGGGUUGUCGGUCUGAGAAUUUCUACUGCAGAACUCGCCGUAACAAUACGUUUGAUCAAUAUCUUUAUGGUGCUUGCCCUUUUAUAGAUCCUGAUAAUAUUACAGAUCCAACUGUCUUCAACUUUGGAAUAUUUACUGAUCUUCUGAGCUCUGGAAUGGCGGAGACAAGAAAUUUUUCUGAGAAAUUCUUCUACUGCUUUUGGUGGGGUCUGCGUAAUCUUAGUUCUCUAGGCCAAAACCUGAAAACAAGCACUUUUGUUUGGGAGAUAGUCUUUGCUAUUAUCAUAUCCAUUGCUGGAUUGGUUUUAUUUGCAUUUCUUAUCGGCAAUAUGCAGAAAUAUCUGCAAUCCACAACAGUGAGAGAAGAAGAAAUGAGAGUGCAAAGGACUGAUGCAGAACAGUGGAUGUCCCACCGUAUGCUUCCUAAGAACUUAAGGGAUCGGAUUAGACGAUAUGAACAGUACAAAUGGCAAGAAACCAGGGGUGUCGUGGAAGAGAAUCUUCUUCGUAACCUUCCUAAGGAUCUCAGGAGGGACAUAAAGCGCCAUCUCUGCUUGGGUCUUCUUAAGAGGGUGCCUCUAUUUGACAAAAUGGAUGGACAACUACUGGAUGCACUAUGUGAUCGUCUCAAGCCAGUACUUUACACAGAGAAGAGCUUCAUUGUUCGUGAGGGGGACCCAGUGGAAGAAAUGCUCUUUAUCAUGCGAGGAAACCUAGCUACUAUGACUACCAAUGGUGGACGAACUGGUUUCUUAAACACUGCUGAUUUGAAGGCUGGUGACUUCUGUGGAGAAGAGCUUCUUACUUGGGCUUUGGAUCCCCGCUCCUCUACCAAUCUUCCCAUCUCAACUCGAACAGUUAAUGCUCUUGUAGAGGUUGAAGCCUUCGCUUUAAUGGCUGAGGACUUGAAGCUUGUGGCCUCUCAGUUUCGGCGCCUUAGUAGCAAGCAGGUCCAACACACUUUCAGGUUCUACUCUCAACAAUGGAAGACGUGGGCAGCUUGUUUUAUCCAAGCAGCUUGGCGCCGAUACUGUAGGAGAAAGCUUGAUAAGUCUCUUCGUGAAGCAGAAGACAGACUGCAAGAUGCUCUGGCAAAUGAAGGUGGAACCUUGCAAACGGCACCUAGUAUUGGUGCAACUAUUUAUGCUUCAAGGUUUGCUACCAAUGCACUUCGAGCCUUGCGGCAAAAUGGUGCACCGAGCCCAAGAGUGCCACAAAGAUUGCUACCUCUGCUGCCACAGAAGCCUGCUGAGCCCAAUUUCACUGCUGAAGAUCGUUAAGAAUAUAAUGUUUUUUUCAUUUGAUUAUCAAGGGAGUUUUUGUUUUUGCAUUCAAGGCUCAUAUGCAACAGGUUUUUGUAUAUAUGUAGAAUGUGUAAUAUGUACUAAGCAAAUUUCUUACUUGAUAAUUACAUCUUUGUGUUUAUGCUGUUUUGCUAACUUCGACAGCACUUAGAAUAUAUUUUGUGGGAUGUGAUUUUGAAGGCUAUAAAAGGCUUUGGUUUUCCUCAAUGGAUAUCAA